AUGGGACACGCCGUAAGCCGCGUGAGGCACGCGCGCUUAUUCGCCCGGCCUGAGUUGGAGGAAGGCAGCAACCCCGCGCCUCCUCAACAGAUCAUCCUGGAGCCCGAAAUAUCCAAUCUGACGAGCUUCAUUGUAGACGCCGCCGCAACGCCAAAAGACUUCACGGAGAAGCCAGACCUCCCCGUCAGCAGGUCUUCAUUGGAAGGCAUCCGUAGCAUGGGCGCCGCCGUUGCCGUGCUGAAGUCGAGUAUAACAGUACAUCAGUUCACGCUGUCCUUCGAAUACAGCUCCCGUGCGCCGGCCACCGUGAGCUUCCUGUUCCAGCAGAAGCACCAAGGCCUUUCAAACGGAAUCCCAUCGUUCUCAAAAGCCGAAUUGCGACUGGGGCCGUACCAACUGCCGGUGGGCGAUAAGCUGCAAUACCGUCUGGACCGGAACGACGUGCUGGCCCAUCGGCGUUUGACCUACGAGUUCAGCUCGUUUAAAGAUGAGCCCGCCUUCGUGCCGAUCCUCUUGCUCUUCGCCGCGCCUGCCAACGACUACGAGCUGUUCAUCAUGGGCGGCCUGGCGUUUAGCUCAACCAGCAACCGUUGGGAGUUCGUGACCACGAAGCAGCGGGUGCGCCAGGGCGGCGUGGGCUACGAGCUGCAGGAGGUGUACGGGCUGAACGCGUCGGCCUUCAGCAAAUCCUUCAACAAGGCAGACGACGUCGAUACAGACAGCCGGUGCGUCGUGUGCCUCACCAAUGCGAAGGACACCUUCGUGAUGCCGUGCCGCCACAUGUGCAUGUGCAGCACGUGCGCCGCCGGCAUGGGCAACAUGUACAAAAGCUGCCCGAUGUGCCGCACCACCAUAUCGCAUAUCGUCCACAUGUCGCAGAUGACAACCGAAUGA